GUCAUCGGGUUUAAGAUUUAACGGUUUGACGGUUUCAAUUCGCUUUGUGUUUGAAGAAUUUGUGUUCUUGUUAAUUUUCGUAAAACAAUAACAUUUUCUGGCCAAAAUUAUGACGGCCACUCAACAAAAAACGAAGUGUAUCACACUGAAGGGGUCAGCGGAAUUAGUGAAGCAAUAUUUAACAUACGGAAUCAACAGUAUUCUUUACCAACGCGGAAUUUAUCCUCCUGAAACAUUCGAACCACUUGAACGCUUUGGAAUUUUCUUUUUGAUGUCAGUAGAUGACAAGAUCAAGACUUUUCUGGAGACGGUUCUCGGUCAAGUCCAAGAAUGGCUCGAACAGAAAAAGGUUCACAAGAUUACGUUGGUUAUUACCAAUGUUAAUACCAAAGAAGUUCUCGAGAAGUGGGAUUUUAAAGUGGACUAUGAAGACGAAACUGCGAAUGGAACAGGCAAUAAGGAAGAACAUGCUAUUAUGUCGGAUGUUGGAAACAAAGAUAUCGCAACAAUACAAAAAGAAAUUCGGGAAGUCAUUCGGCAAAUCACAGGUACGGUGAGUUUCCUGCCUCUACUAGACUGCCCAUGUUCCUUUGAUAUUUUAACUUACACCGUUCCGGACUGUGGAAUUCCGAAAGAGUGGGAUGAGACUCAGCCCGUUUUCAUUGCCAAUAGUCAGGAAGUUCAACUUAGAUCAUUCUCCACUUCCCUUCACAAAAUGGAUACCAUCGUCAGCUACAAAAACACGUGAAUCUCACCGAUAGUAUUCUAAAAUAUUGCAGAAUGGUACAAACUUUUCGAAGUUUUUUUUAUUGUACAUACUAAACUCCAGUGUGUUUUGUGUAUUUAAUAAUUUUUUUAAGCUGAAUUUUCUAUCCUAUAAUGUUAGCAUUUAAACUAUAUAUGCGUGAAUGAACAACCGACGAGAAGAUGAGAAGUAAGAAAACGGCUGCUCAGUUUAUUAUAAAUUAUAAUAUCGACUCAUAUUGAAUGGAGGCGUCGAUAUAAUUGACUUUUUAUAGAAUACUAUGUAAUUGUACAGAACUUUCGUUAUUUCAUACAAAAUCAAGUCCGAUUUAUUGAGCUGAAAAAGGGCAGUUGUUUAAAAUAGCUUUUUGAUUUCUCAUUGCAUUUUUUCUUCUUAUUGUGAUUGUAAUUAUAUACGAUAGUUUCUAAACCGGUCUCUCAGGAAAAAGUGAAUAACAAUUAUUCACUGUAUGGUUCUUCAACAUCUACAAGACAUUUAAGUUUCGUUUUCAAAAAUUUCAGAAUAUACGUUUCAGAAUGCCUUUUUCAAAAAAGAUCUUUUGAAUAUCAGAAUUCGAAAUUUAUAACAUAUUUCUCUCAAGAAAGUUGUUUAAUUCCAGCAUGUGUACAUAAUCAAAAAGUAAAUAUAAAAGACAACACUUUUUGUAAAAAAUAUUA